AUGCUGAGAUUCAUAACUGGGUUGUUUACAGAUGCAGCCGAUGAACGUGAUAUCGAGGCGAGCAACGGCGGUAAUAAUGUAGUGUCACAUUCGUCACAUCGAUUUAGCGAACCAGACACAAUUUCGGGAGCCGUAUGUCCGAGUCAUGAUGGAGCUGUUGGCCGCGAGCAAGUAGAAGUAGACAUGCGUAGCGAUAGCUGUAGAGGUAAACAUAGGACAAGAGUCGGAUCGGGCUCAACUGAUACGAGAAGAAUUUUGCGGACUCAAGAUCCCGCAUUGUAUUCCCCUCUGUGGGCCAAUUUCCGAAGUCCAGAUGAGGAGCAGCCAACGACUGCACAGCGCUCUUCAUGGCCACUGCCAAUUCGUAUUUCCGCCAUUCUGAAAGUUCGACCGCCCACUCCCUUGGGAGAUCGCUCUUUUGUGGUAACGUUGGAGGGCCGUAGAUGGCAUUGUCACUAUAGAGUAAUGCGCUCUCAGCUAGGAAAUCAAGAAGAGGCAGCUGCAUUCGAAGAACGCGAGCGAAUGAUAGAAAAUAUGAGAAUAGCCAUGGAAAAGCGGUCUCCGUGCACAUUCCGUCAGCAAUAUCCCAACAGCAAUCGGCGCCUGAAUUUCAAGAAAGAAUGGCGUGUCGACCUUCGAAUAACUGAGACGAGAAUCAAUCGUCGCCUACGUUCAUUUGGUAUAGCCCCGAUAUUCAUAGAAAGCUGGACAAGAAAACAACCUUCAAUGUUGAACUUCGACUAUUUGCCAAGAAGUACAAUUUCCGUACGUCUACAGCGAGAAGUUAUUGCUGAAGGAGCACGACUGCGUUACAUGUAUCCAGAACGUACAGGUGGUUGUGAAUGCCCACGACAGAAGUGUGUGGUGGGCAGAUGCCCCUGCCUUGUGUACAAAAAGAACAACAGCGUCAUGAUGUGCGGACAGGCAUGUGGAUGUGAUGACUCUUGUCCAUCUGCGUAUCUUCGAGAAGAGCGUCAAGUUCCUCUGGUGCUGUUCAAUACGAGAACGAAAGGUUGGGGAGUCAUUGCACCUAUGGUCACAAUUGAUGAUCAGUCAUUAUACGACAACACCUAUGUAUUCGACAUAAAUGCGGGAGUCAGAGAUAUGCUAUUGACGGAACAUGGAGCGGCAACAUAUCGCCGGAGAGAGGUUAGUGGUUUGCUUAUUCAAAAAGAAGUCAUUGCAGGCAACGAACAUUUGGAAUACCUUGUCGAUGUACCGAGGGCUGUAAAUCGAAGAUAUGAACACUCAUGGGCAGAUCAGAAGACGUAG